CUCUCUCUCUCUCUCUCUCUCCCCUUCCCCUCUAUCGCCGCCAUGUCCGCCGAUACUGCCGCCGCCGAGCCGAUCGAGCUCACCAUGGCCCGCAUCAUCAUCAAAGCCCUGGACGACUUGAAGCAUGGCUCGCGAUCGGAGUUCGACAUUGUUGUCAAGUCUUUGGUCAACGAACAGGAGCCCGAGGGCCUCAAGCGCUGGAUCGUUGCCCUCAUCCAAUGCGUCUCCUCUAUCACUCCCUCUGCUGGUGACCUGGUUUCGGCCAUCCUCUCCAUGGAGUGGGUCUUGAGCGACCAUCAUCAUGUGUCCCUGUACCUGGAGCUGAUCGAGCAGCUCCUCGCUUGUAACGCGUCCUUUUCGGUGGCCUGUCUGCGGAUGAUCGUGUCCAAUUUCGGCUUCGCCAAUGGGCAACUUGUGCGUGAGGCUGCCAACAUGCGGAUCCUCCGAUCUGCGGUCAUGCCGGAGUCGCUGCUCGCGCCGCACGACGGAUCACAGGCCCCUUCGGCCACCCCGGACGGUAUUCCCGACACGAUUGAGGCCGCCUUCGAGCGGGUACAUUCGGCUCUGGCCUCGGCGUGCAAGAUUGUCCCUGUGGCCAAGCUUCAGCUUCCGGAGAUCCUGGCUGAGUUCUAUCCUCACAAGGCUCUCGAUACCGCUGCGCACUUCUGGUAUAUGCAGAAUCUCCUGCGCAUCGUGGAUUACCUGCCUGACUUGUUGGACUGCGUCCUGGAUCUCUUCCUGCAGCGUCUGGUGCAGAUUGACGUCGAGCUCCAGCUGGAUGCCGACGAGAUCUCGCAGGUGGUGCAGUAUGUGGCGCAAUUGGAGCAGCACCGCGCGGCGGCCCUGCAGCAGCAGCAGCAGCAGCAGCAGAGCGACACGCCCGAGAUGCGCAACAGCCAUUCACCCAAUGGCGAGCCCAUGACCGAGGCCGAUCUGGCGGAGGCCCUGGUCCUGCCGCCGGAUGUGGCCAAUGCCCAUGCCCUGGUGCUCAAGAUUGAUACUCUCUUGAAGAUCGCCUUCGAUUUCCUGAACAACUGCCAUCAGCAUCUUGAUGAGGCUACCUGCCUGAAGGUUUUGCAGGCACUGCUCCGGCCCUUUGAGCGGUAUGUCGUGCCGACCAAUCAAUCGCGCUUCGCGCAAUUCCUGGUGUUCCACUUCGCCAGCCUGAGCCCGGCCCUGGCGCAGCACUUCAUCACACACAUGCAGCGUCUGCUGCUGGAUCCGUCCAAGCCGCUGGUCUCGCGGCAGGCAGCCGCUUCCUACAUUUCCUCCUUCCUGGCCCGGUCGCGAACGGUCACCGAUGAGCACAUCCUUUCCAUCCUUGCGCUCUUCUCCGAGUGGCUGCACAACUAUCAGCAAAGCUUCGAAGGGUCGCCGGACUUCUCCACUGCAUUGAACCCGCUGCGGCAUUCGCUCUUCUACUUCAUCUGCCAGGCGCUUUUCUAUGUGUUCUGCUUCCAUCAUGCGCGAAUUGUGGCCGCCCCCGGUGGCGGGGUCCAGUUUGUCCGGUCUCUCAGCUGGUCGCGCCUCAUCAACAGCCGGUUGAAUCCCCUGCGCAUCUGUUCGCCGAGCGUGGUCGACGAGUUUGCCACCAUCACCCAGCGUCUGGAGAUCGCCUACUGUUUUGUCAUCAUCAAGCAGAAUCGCUCGCACUUGGGCUUCAGCAGCGCGUCCUCCACCGUGGACUUUAGUUCCUUCUUCACCUUCGAGCCGUAUGGUCUGCCACAGACCCGGCACUUUGUGGACCCCUACUUCAUCACUUGGCAGGAUGUCCAGCAAGUCGGGACGGGCACCACCGGGUCAGCGGCCGCGGAGGCGGUAGCCCAUCACCCGCCGGGAGCUGUUAGUGCCCCGACGUCUCCCACGUUGGCCGGCAUGCCGACCCUGUCCUCGGCCCUGGCGCCAGGAGCCUCUGAAGGGGGCAGCAUCGCCAGCACCCCGUCACUGAACAUCCCCCGGCCGACGGCCAACCCCUUUGCCGCUGAGCAGGGCAUUUCGGCUGGGUCUUUCGAUCCGCUGUCCCAGUCGCUCGGGUCUUACCAGGAUGACUUUACCGAUCUCAUGGGCAGCCCGGAGUCCUCUUCCAUGGGACAAGAUCUGAUGAUCCGGAUGCGCGGUGGGGCUUCACACGCGUCGACCGCCCUGGGGGGUGUUGCCUCCAGUGCCAACACCGCGCAGCACCGUGUCCAGGUGGGCUUCCAUCUGCCGGGGAAAUAGGCUGCGAAUUUCCUCCUCCCUCCCUCCCUCUCUCUCUC